GAAUUGGUUAUUGAAUUUUAUGCGGACUAUUUAAUACAAUAUGUAAAUAUUUGACCUUUACAAUAAUUUUGUUGUAGAUAUUUGCACGAACGUUAAAUAUCCGUAAAAAAAAAAAAUAAAAGAGGGGAGGGUGCGUAAAUAUUUUGCGGAAGCAGUUUGUUUUUGGCGGGAUUUUUCACAGAGGCCAUAUACAUAUAUAUAUAUAUAUAUAUAUAUAUAUAUGUAUAUGCAUAUUUUCGACCACCUCUUCAACUGUGUAUCCAUUGAAAUCACACAGCUCUCGUCAAUUUUUGUUUUGAAUAUUUCUGGGUUUUGUAGCUAAACCAAUGAUUUAGUAGAUCAGAUUAUAUAUAUCUUCGUCGAGAGAGGAAAAUAGAUAGGAGAUGCGAAGAAGAAGAUGACAGGGGAAAUUCGCGGAGGAUAUUUCCAGAUGUGUCGGAAUCUGAUUCCCGGUUUACCAGAUGACUUGGCCAUGGAGUGCUUGGUUAGGGUUCCUUACAGGUUUCACUCCGCCAUGAAAUCCGUCUGCCACUCAUGGCGGACCUUGCUCUCUCUCACGUCGUUUUACCGGGAGCGGCGGGGGUGCGGCAAAUCUGAGCCUCUUCUAUGCCUCGUUCGAUCGCUGGCACCGCCGCCGGAACCGGUGAUCGACGAGGACGAGAAGAAAACGGAGACCGGCGAGUGGCAGGAGCCGCGCGUGUGCGGCGCACCCCGAUACGGGCUGAGCGUGUACAACGCGGCGGCGAACACGUGGCACCGAAUCGCGCUCCCCCAGCCGAUUGCGCUUCGGCACGCCGGAAAAGUGCUGCUUAUCGGCGGGUGGGACCCGGAGACGCUGCAGCCUGUGAGGGACGUGUUUGUCCUCGACUUCGCCGGCGAGGGAAGUGGCCGGAGGUGGCGGCGAGGGGCGUCGAUGGCGGUGGCUCGGUCGUUCUUCGCCUGCGCCGCGGCCGGUCCGGCGAAGGUGUUCGUCGCCGGAGGACACGACGACCAGAAGAACGCCCUCAGAUCGGCGGAGAUGUACGAUGUGGAAAAGGACGAGUGGAUGACGCUUCCUCCCAUGGAGGAAGAAAGGGACGAAUGCCAUGGAUUUGCCAUGGCGGCGGAUCCAGGGUUUUGCGUGCUGAGCGGUUACAGGACGGAGACUCAAGGCCAAUUCCGAUCCGACGCCGAAGUUUACGAUCCAGAUUCGGAUUCCUGGACUAGAAUCGAAAACGCCUGGCCGUUUCCCGACACAAGUCCGAGAGGCCGAAUCGCCGUCCCGGGUGAACGGAGGCUAUGGUGCUUCGCUGGAGAGAGUCAGCUUCGAUGGGAAGCCGAGGACGAUUCGAAGAAACGGAAGCUGGCGGUGGAGACGAUCCAGCUUCCGAUGGCGGCAACGUCAGUAUUCGCCGCAAGUUUGGCAGAAGGAAGCGGAGAUGGAGCGGUGGUGAUGGUGGGGGGAGGAGCAUGCGAAGAGGAAGGGACGACGACGACGAUGAUGAUGGAGGGAGGAAAAUGGAGCCAUGUUGAUACGCCGUUCGGGUUUUCGAGUCUUCCGUUCUCUCAUUCCUCAAUCUGCCUGUGAGAGAUUGGAAGCCAGCGUGGCAUUUUUUUUGUCGUCUUGUGGAUCCCGUGAUACGGGAUAAAGACAACACCCGGAAACUUUUCAAGAAACCCCGAUUUUCCGGAUAAAUAUAAGAUUGGAAUUGAGAAAGCGGAAUCCUUAAUUGUAUUUUGUAACAUUUCUCUUAUAUUUCAUUUUUUAAUUAUUUAUUUCUC